AUGUUUCCACAGCAUGCAGCACUGGUCCAUCCAGGUGGGGAGGAGGGAUCAACCAAACAAUGCUACCAAGAAGAAAGAAGUCAUCAGUUCACAGAAUGUACAGAUUAUAGUGACACCAGCUCUGUCAAAGAGUCGAGCAUGGCCCAGCAACACUCCCAAGGUGUGACAGGUCUUCGUAACCUAGGCAACACAUGCUACAUGAAUGCCAUCUUGCAAUGUCUCUGCAGUAUCACUCCAUUGGUGGAGUAUUUCCUUUCCGGAAAGUACAUCACCGCUCUUCAAAAGGACAGUGGUGAGGCUGCCACUGCUUUUGCUUACCUGAUGACAGACAUGUGGCUUGGAGACUCGGACUGUGUCUCACCUGAAGUGUUUCGGUCAGCCAUCGGAAAAAUCUACCCAACAUUUCUGAAGAGGACGCAGCAAGAUGCUCAGGAGUUCUUGAUUUAUGUCCUAAAUGAACUUCAUGAGGCUUUGAAGAAGUUUCACCGAAAAAAAACACAGGAGAAAGGACUUACUACAAAAUGCUACAGGAAGGUGGCUUCCAGUGAGUUCUCUAUCAUCACUAGACUUUUUGAAGGGCAACUUAAUUAUGACAUCGUGUGCUUGAAGUGUGAGAAUUGUACUUACAAAAAUGAAGUCUUCACUGUCCUCUCCCUCCCCAUCCCAUCAGAAUGUGAAUGUUCCCUUCAGGAAUGUCUUGGAUGUUUCUUUCAACAAGAUACACUCACCUGGAAUAAUCAAAUUCAUUGUGCUUUCUGUGAAUCCAAGCAAGAUGCAGCUGUCAGAGCUAGCAUAGCCAAAGCACCAAAGACAGUUAUUUUUCACUUAAAAAGGUUUGACUGUCAGUGUAGAGUGAAGAGGAAAUUAAGAACAGAUAUCCAUUACCCACUCAACAACUUGGAUCUUUCUCCUUAUAUUUAUCCACUUUUUCGGAAACAUCCUAAAUACAGCCUUUGUGGAGUGGUGAACCACUUUGGUGAUCUAGAUGGUGGCCACUACACGGCAUUCUGCAAGAACACAGUCAGCCAGACCUGGUAUAGCUUUGAUGAUACCCGAGUUUGUGAGAUUCCAGACUCCGCAGUCCAAACCGCUGCUGCCUACCUCCUCUUCUACAGCUGCCAGCCCUUUUCUAUACCUACCCCAAAAUGCAAGUGCUAG